AUGGAGAUUCCCGUGUUCUUUCACAACCUUCGCGGGUACGAUUCCCACCUUCUCUUGCAGGGUACAGACGGUACGGACGUCAAAUGCAUACCAAACAAUAAAGAGCGCUACAUGUCCGUAACCGUAGGCAAGCUGAAGUUCUUAGACUCACAACAAUUCAUGGCGGACUCGUUAUUCAACCUCGUGAAAUACAACACCGACUUCCCCAUUUCCAGUCAAUACGGCGCGGAAAGGGAAGGAGUGUACCCAUACGAGUACAUGGACUCCUGGGAGCGCUUUGAAGAGGGUUUACCCAGCAAAGACAAGUUYUACAGUACCUUAACGGAAACCGGGAUAAAGGAUGAAGAAUACCAGCACGCGCUAGACGUAUGGGAAAAGCAUUCCUGUGAGAACAUGGGUGAGUACCACGACAUUUACCUUCGCUCUGACGUCGUACUGCUGGCAGACGUUUUCCAAAGCUUCCGUAAAAUGGCUAUGGAAUACUACGGAUUGGACCCCGCAAACUUCUACACCGCCCCCGGACUCUCCUGGAGCACAUUGUUAAGGAAGACGAAUGCACAGCUAGACCUCCUAACAGAAUACGACAUGUACCGCUUUAUGGAGGACGGCAUUCGCGGCGGCGUCUGCGGACCCAGCCGACGUUACGCCAGAGCAAACAACCCACACGUAGAACACGACCCCAACAAGCCCACGACUUACAUUUCUUACCUCGACGCAAACAAUAUUUACGGUUGGGCAAUGUCGCAAUACCUUCCCGUGCGAGACUUCGAAUGGGAUGAAGACAGACCCUUAGACUUCUACCUAAAUGUAGAAAAGGACGCAGACAAAGGCUACAUUCUUGAAGUCGACUUGGAAUACCCAACUCACUUACACCCACUUCACGAUGACUACCCGCUAGCCCCAGAAGCAAUSGAGAUACCAUUCUCGCAACUCUCGCCACUACAGAAAAGCCUUUGCCCCUCUUACAAGCCGUACCGCAAGCUUACCCUAAACUUAAUGGACAAGCAUAAAUACGUGGUUCACUACCGCAACCUUCAGUUUUACGUGCGACACGGACUCAUUGUUAAAAAGAUACACCGCGUCCUCAAAUUCACCCAAGAGCCCUGGAUGCAGCCUUACAUUAACUUUAAUACCCAGAAAAGAACAGCGGCUAAGAACGACUUCGAAAAGAACCUCUUUAAGUUAAUGAACAACUCYGUGUUUGGUAAGACGAUGGAAAACAUACGCAAGCGGGUAAGCGUAAAGAUAGUUAGCACGAUGGAAGAAGCGGAGAAGUACGUAUCCCAACCAGGCUUCGUGCRCUACGUAGAAAUGCUCAACUUCUACGUAAUUCACAUGAAAAAGGCCAACCUCUUUCUAAACAAGCCCGUCUACACAGGCUUUACUGUGCUCGACCUGUCGAAGUUGCUCAUGUACGAGUUUUACUAUGACAAGCUAAAGCCAAAGUACGGCGACCGCUGCCGACUCUUAUACACCGAUACCGACUCCCUCAUAAUGGAAAUAGAAACCCCCGACAUUUAYCAGGACUACGCCGAAGACCUCGACGAGUACGACACGUCSGGUUACCCAAAGGAGCACCCACUCUUCUCAAACAAGAAUAAGAAGGUAAUAGGAAAGAUGAAGGACGAAAUGUCAGGCAAGCCCAUAAUAGAGUUCGUAGGKCUCAAACCCAAAAUGUACAGCGUACUCAAAACCGACGGUGCAGAUAAGAAAGCCAAAGGCGUAAAAAAGUACGUGGUGAAGAAAGAAAUCACCCACGAAUCUUACUUAAAGGUGCUACGCACACGCAAGGAGACGAAACAUUCUAUGAACAGCCUGCGCAGCUACGGACAUCAAAUACACAACGUUACGCAGGAGAAGGUGUCCCUGUCAGCAUUUGAUGGUAGGAGAUGGAUGUGCGACGAUGGCAUCCAUACGAUAGCAUUCGGACAUCACACGAUAAGCAGUUCUUCUUUGACGAACCCACGUGUGGGACCAUCAUGA